AUGGGGGAACCUACUACCAUCCCACCUGAUAUAAUCGAGCGCCAGUCGCUCUGCUUCUCUCGCCCAGCCCCAGGCAUGGUUGUGCAACAGGGCGAGACCGGCUUCAAGGAGGAAUUAUCUCGCCUCUACCAUCCAGCUGAGAGCAACGCCGCCGAGCAACUGGUCCGCCUAAAGGAUGCCCUGAGGAGAGCCGACACGGAGAAUUUCUGGAUCCAACUCACAAAGGGACUGGCCGAGAUAGCUGAUGCGCAGUAUGCCUUCGUCUCCAAAAGAAUCCUAGUCGACGACAAGAACAUCGCCGUCGAACUACCGCCCAUUGGCGAGCCUGGAGCCUGCCUCAUGGGCGAAGCUUUCUACAUCAACGACGACAAUGGUAAUGGCCCGGGCCAUUUGAGGAAUUUCAAGUACCAUGCCUACCAAUGCCCGUGUGCCUACAUGAAGCACGACAAAGUCUUCAUCAUCCCCGAAAGGUUGAACGACUUCAUCCUCAACAAUCCAAACGACUUGAUCAUCCCUGGAGAGGCCUUUCUUGGAAUCCCCCUGUUUGCUCAAGGGAAAUGCUUUGCCCAUUUCGGUGUCAUGUGGGGGAAAGAGGGCGCGGCCCGACGCGUACUGAGCUGGGGUUUUCUCGAAAUGCUUUUCCAUAGUCUCGAGGACAUGAUUCUGGAACGUGUGCUGGAAGGCAACGAAUUUGCAAAAUCUGCACAACAUAUCCAGUCCGACCUACCCAAGAUUGUACCACACAGAGCUGUCUCAGUUGCCCAGUCGUUGAAACCCUAUGCCAGGAGCCUGUCGCAUGAGCUGAGGACACCAAUGCAAGGCGUUGUCGGAAUGCUAGAUGUCAUGAUGGCAAAUGUAAAGGAAGCAGCAGAGUCCCUGCAGCUUGAACCAAGAACACGCGAGAUACUGGCAACUCUCAAGGAGAACAUCGAAGCUGUUCAAGACAGCUCAAGACGCGCAGUCGAGGCAGCCGACAAUGUCGUUCAUGCCUACGACAUGAACAUGGGUGUUCCAGAGACACCGCUUUCACUGCUUGACAAGACACCCGACCAGUGGAAUACCUUCUGGCGUGAGAUGCGACCUGACUUGAUGAUUACAGGCAACGACAUGUCUGCGCCUCUACGUGGAAUCAAGAGAAGGAGACAUGAGGUAUCGUGGGCAGACCAGCCCAUCAAGACGCGUGUGGCAAGAUCUGCUCGCCAACGUGUUCGGGACGGUUACUUGACAGAGCCUUAUACGCGUGGUACAAAGUCCUGUCCUCCGGACACAAAUUCCAUGCAAGUCGACCGAAUAGACCAUUCAUGCUCACACACAACCUCGCAAGAUAACUGCGACUCCACCACUUCACCCAUCUUUGCAUCGGAGCACUCCAAGGUCCCCGGACUUCGACAUACCAACCUGCGGGAAGUACUGCAAUAUGUAAUCAACGACGCGCUCAAAGUAGGAGGCAGACCAGACUCUGCCAUUGCAGAGGCCACCGACACAGGAGAACGCAUUGAAGUCCGGACACGCAGCUCCAACGGCGAGGCGCACACCAAGUGGAUUGAGUGGGCUGUUUCUCCUGAUGUGCCAGAAACCAUCGUCAUCGACGAACGGGACCUCGCCAAGAUGGUAUCCUGCCUUGCCCUCAAUGCAAUCAAGUUCACCCAGGAUGGAUCCAUUACACUUCAAGCCACCCUCAGCGCCAAGGGUCGCUACAUUGUCAUCAACAUCAAGGACACUGGCUCCGGCAUCCCUGCUGCCUUUCUUCCUAAUCUGUUCAAGCCUUUUUCGCGAGAAGACGAUUCCAUGACACGACAGAGCGAGGGCCUAGGGCUGGGCCUAAUGGUAGCCAAGGGCAUUGCAAGGAAGCUUGGUGGUGACCUAUUCUGCCUUCGUUCGCAUGUCUCGGGACCAGGACGGGGGUCAGAAUUUGAGAUGCGAGUACCGCUCACUCCGGGCGAAAUAUGUAGCCGCCCUGCAACCCCCUUCGGAUCACCUACUCUAUCCAUCAAGUCUCGCAUGUCUAUUGAGGCCGAAGUGCCGCGUCUAGACAUCGGUCAUGGACCUGUCACCCCGCCUUUGAGUUCUGAUCCUUUCAAAAGCGACCGGGAACUCCAAGCGCCUACCACUCCUGCCAUCACCGUAAACUCUACAAGUUCAACAGAAGACAUUGGUCUUGCAACUCCUCGUCGCACCUCGUCGCCUCCACGGCAUUACGCUGCGCGCGCUCUAUCCUCUGAGCGUGACAUUGUCCCUUCAAACCUUGGUGAACAAUUACCUCUUAACAUCCUCGUCGUAGACGACAACGCCAUCAAUCGACGGGUCUUGGUGAGCAUGCUCGGUAGGUUAGGCUACAAGAACGUCGUCACUGCGUUCAAUGGCAAUGACGCUGUCGAAACCGUACGUCAAAACGCACUUGCACCUGUUAGCGAACACUUCGACGUCGUUCUAAUGGAUUUAUGGAUGCCACUGCUCGAUGGUUUUCAGGCCACCCAAGUUAUUUUAUCCAUGUCUGAACUUGAAAAGAAGCCCACCGUCCUGGCGGUCAGCGCAGACAUCACGGACGCCGCUCUUGACAAGGCAGUCAAGAGCGGCAUGAAAGGCUUUGUCACCAAGCCCUUCAUUACCCGCGACAUCGCCCGAUUGAUUCGGACGUAUUGCGCCAGUUCGUAA